AUGGAGGAGGAGGGUUAUGGUGGUAUUGUGCCGCUGGGUUUUUAUGAAAAUCAGCUGCUGGGUUCUAACGGAAUGCCGCUGGGUUUUCGGUUUCAUCCGACCGAUCAGGAAUUGAUCAGUUUCUUCCCUUACAACAGAGUCCUCCGCAGAGAGUACUGCGAGAAUUUAAUCUACGAGUUCGACCUCUUCGGCAAGACUCCACCGUGGGUGGUUUGGGAGAAUUUCGGCGGACCGGGACUUCAAGAUCAAGAUUUGUACUUCUUCUGCCAACUCAAGCCUAGAAGCCAGGCACGCAUCAAACGUGAAAUUGACGCCGGAGGUACGUGGAGCCAAUCCAAUUCAAAGCCGGUAAAGAAUUUGCAGAAUGAAAAAGCUAUUGGGAAAAAGAGGAAUUUGCGGUGGUUCUCUGCCGACUUAAAAAGAAUUCGAGGAACGAAAAACAAGAAGAAUAAUUCGAAUUCAACCCAACAAGUGAACCAGCAGCCGGCAAAAAUGAGAGCAAGAAAAGAAGUCAAGGAGAAGCCGGCGAAAAAGAGAGCAACAAAAGAAGAGAGCAAGAAGCCGGCGAAAACAAAGGCAAGAAACGAAGUGCGAUCACCAAAUACUACUAGCGUGAUCACCCAUACCAUUGAGGAACUACAAAACUGCCCUAGUACUAGCAGUGCUCCUGUCCUGCCCCUCGAUGAAAGCAAUUACAAGAUGAUUAGUGACGCUAUUAAUCAUGAUCAGCAGUGCAUAAGCAACAUUGACAGUAGUACAAUGCCUGCAAAUUUUGACAGUAGUACAAUGCCUGCAAAUUUUUCCGACCAUGAUUAUGUGGUCAGCGAAGGUGAUGAGUCGCUUUUGAAGGAUGAAGAUUUACUUUUUGACAAUGGUGAAGAUAUGUUUUUUGACCUGAACUAUUUGUUCGCACCGUUAGACUGUGAAUCUGCAUGGUCACAAGAGAAGCUGCUUCAGAUUGACGAAGCUCAAGUGCCUUUACCGUUGGAUGGGAUGAAUUGUUGGGAUGACUGUUUGUGGAUGGGCAGUUGUGUUCAAUGA